GCAGGCUCGUAGUUUCUCAAAUUGAUGUCGGCCGUCGAUCAAGAGCACGUGGGCUGCUACGUGUCUUGACUCAGCCUUAUCCACUCUCUGGACUUCCUCCCCUACAGCAGAAAACGUGUUGUUUUCCAUCUCUUUCUCUCUCUAUAAAUACCGCCACGAGGCAUCCCCUUUCUUCCCCACCAACGCAAUUCCAGCUCAGCAAACCCAUGUUUUCCGACGAAUUUUCCGGCCACCCGCUUGCCUUCAUGGACCAGUACACGGGAAAUUGGACUCCCCAGCAGAACAAGCUCUUCGAGCACGCCCUGGCCGUCGUGCCCGAGGACGCCCCCGACCGGUGGCAGCGCAUCGCGGCCUUCAUCGCCGGCAAGUCCCCCUGGGAGGUCCGCCAGCACUACGAGGAGCUCCUCCGCGACCUGUCGGAGAUUGAGUCCGGGCGGUUCGAGUUGCCGGAUUACGAGGAGGGCGGCUCUGGGCAGGCGGCCGGAGGUAAGGGGAAGUCCGUCGAGGGCGAGCGGAGGAAGGGCGUGCCGUGGACGGAGGAGGAGCACCGGUUGUUCCUGAUAGGACUGCAAAAGUAUGGGAAGGGUGAUUGGAGGAGCAUUUCGCGGAAUGCAGUGAUCACCAGGACACCGACCCAAGUGGCCAGCCAUGCCCAGAAGUACUACCUGCGUCUCAACUCAGUGAAGAAGGAGAAGAAGAGAUCAAGCAUCCAUGACAUAACCACUGUGGAUGACACAAACCUGCCGCAUUCCCCGCCGCAGAUGAUGACCAGCGUCGGUCCGUCUUCCAGCAUGGAGCACCAGCAAAUGCCAGGGUCCUACACCAGUGCGGCGACCGCCCAUAACCCAUACCAAGCCCUGGGUCCUUCUGGGUUCGACCAUUUUGGCUAUAACUUCUAAGUCUAGAACCAACGUAGUGGACUAAUUUGAUGCUGAAUUGUACAUAUAGUCUAUAGAUCUAGUUUGCGGUCAGAUUGGAGUCGGUGUGAAUUGGACCAGUCUGACUGACAUGAUUUUGUAAGGUUGAAAAAAAUAAAUGAAGUUGCACAUUCAACCUUGGUGAUGCUUUCAUUCGGCUGGUUUUGAUUUCUUUGGUGGCACUGGCUCCCAACUCGCCUAACCUACGGUAGCUGUGUUGGACAAGAUGGUAUGACUCAUCUUAGUGUUAUUUUUUUAGAGAAAAUAUCGAGUUUCGUGGUCAAUGGUUGGCGUGGACGUGCAGGUCCUUGCCAAACAACUGCCGGAAG